GUAGCCAAAAAGAGGGCUUCUCUGGUGGCUCAGUGAGGAAAAAAUCUGGCUGCAAUACGGGAGACCUGGGUUCGAUCCCUGGGUUGGGAAGAUUCCCUGGUGGAGGGCAGCAACCCACUCCAGUAUUCCUGCCUGGGGAAUCCCUAUGGACAGAGGAGCCUGGUGGGCUGCAGUCCAUGGGGUGGCAAGGAGUCGGACACGACUGAGUGACUAAGUACAGCACAGUCUUUGUUCAACCGGAGUAGCUAAAGGAGCUAACAAUCUACAUGACUGUCAACAGAUGAGUGGGAAAAAAGUGGUGGUAUGUACAGUGGACUGCUGCAUGUCCUUGAAAAAAUGAAAUUACGAUGCAUGCUUCAGUAUAUACAUGCUAAGUAAAAAAAGCCAGGCACAAAACCCCCAACAUUUUAUGAUUCCUCUCAAAGAGGGAAUUGUUGAAUGGGUAUAGAAUUUCUGUUUGUGAUGAUGAAGAUUUUGGAAAUGGAUAAUGGAAACGGCCGUACAACAUUGUGUAUGUACUUAACGCCACUAGAUCAUGCAUUUAAAAAGGGUUCAACUUCUCAUCUUUGUCCUUCAUGUACUAUACAUUGUUUUCUGUGGUCUAGUCAAAAAGCCAUGUACACUUGCCUGCCCUUUGAAGACAGCUUUAAAGAAUUCUUCUAAGACAACUGCACUGUUCUUAAAGAAUAAAAUCGUGUAUGUUAGAAAAAUGGAAGUAUUCCAGGAACUUCGUAAGACGUCGGCACGUUUGGAGUGUGACCACUGCAAUUUCAGAGGCACAGAUUAUGAAAAUGUACAAAUCCACAUGGGUACCAUCCAUCCAGAAUUUUGUGAUGAAAUGGAUGCCGGUGGGUUAGGUAAAAUGAUAUUUUACCAGAAAAGUGCAAAGCUGUUUCACUGCCAUAAAUGCUUUUUUACCAGCAAGAUGUACUCUAAUGUAUACUAUCACAUCACAUCCAAACAUUCGGCCACAGAGAAAUGGAAUGAGAAACCAAAAAAUCAGUUCAACAAAGAAGCAGAACCUGUGAAAAGCCCCCCUCUUCCUGAACACCAGAAAACUGCCUCCAGUUCAGCAGAGCUCCUGAAACCUGUCCCUGCCCUUUCUAUAGAAACACAGAAACUUGGCCCAGUUACGUCUCCAGAAUCACCAGAACCUGCUCCUCUUCCUUCCUUGGACUCUCAGAAGCCUGCCCCCGUUGUUUCUCCUGAGCCACAGACACCUUCUCUUCCUUCUCCUGAGCCUCCAAAACCGGCCCCUGUUUCUUCUGAACUUCCAAAACCAGCCCCUCCUGUUUCUGAAUCUCAGAAACUAGUCCCUGUUCCUUCUCCAGAACCACAGAAACUUGCUCCUGUGUCUCCUGAACCAGUAAAGGCCACUCUGACUAAUCCCAAAGCCCAGAAACACUCCCAUUUCCCAGAAACAUUGGUGCCGCCUUCAGCCCCAUCCCCCGAGUCACCAGUACUAGCUGCCUCCCCAGAACCUUGGGGACCGUCCCCAACUGCAUCUCCAGAGUCUCGGAAGCCAGCCCGGACUGUCUCCCCUGAGCCAAGGAAGCUGUCCCCAUCAGCGUCUCCUGAACCUUGGAAGCCGUUCUCUGCUGUCUCCCCAGAGCCUCGGAGGCCAGCCCCAGCUGUGUCACCAGGCUCUUGGAAGCCAGGGCCACCUGGAUCCCCCAGGUCUUGGAAAUCCAGUCCAUCAGCAGCAUCAGGGCCUUGGAAGCCAGCUAAACCUGCUCCAUCUGUGUCUCCUGGACCUUGGAAACCAAUUCCUUCUGUAUCACCUGGACCUUGGAAACCGGCUCCAUCUGUGUCCCCCGCCUCCUGGAAGUCUUCAUCAGUCUCGUCUGGUUCCUGGAAAUCUCCUCCUGCAUCUCCUGAGUCCUGGAAGUCUGGCCCACCGGAGCUGCGAAAGACUGCUCCCACCUUGUCACCUGAACACUGGAAGACAGUUCCUCCAGUGUCUCCUGAGCUUCGCAAACCAGGCCCAACACUGUCCCCAGAGAUCCGGAGUCCAGCAGGAUCUCCAGAACUCAGAAAGCCCUCAGGGUCUCCAGAGCUUUGGAAAUUUUCUCCUGAUCAGCGGAAAACAUCUCCUGCUUCAGUUGAUUUUCCUGAGUCCCAGAAAAGUUCCCGUGGUGGUUCCCCUGAUCUCUGGAAGUCUUCCUUCUUCAUCGAACCUCAGAAACCUGUCUUCCCUGAGAUCCGGAAACCAGGUCCUUCUGGGCCAUCUGAGUCCCCAAAAGCAGCCUCUGAUAUCUGGAAGCCUGUUCUCUCUAUCGAUACUGAGCCUAGAAAGCCUUCCCUGUUUUCUGAGUCUGCUAAAGCCGCCCCUCCUGCUUCUCCUGAACCACGAAAACGUGCUCUUUUUCCAGAGCCCCGGAAGCAUGCCCUUUUCCCCGAACUUCCAAAAUCUGCCAUCUUCUCGGAGUCUCAGAAGGCAGUUGAGCUUGGUGAUGAACUCCAGGCAGAUGCCAUAGAUGAUCAAAAGUGCGAUGUUUUAGUUCAAGAAGAGCUAAUGGCUACACCUAAGAAACUCUUAGAAGACACUUUAUUUCCUUCCUCAAAGAAGCUCAAGAAAGACAACCAAGAGAACUCUGAUGCUGAGCUUAGUAGCAGUGAGUAUAUAAAAACAGAUUUGGAUGCAAUAGAUAGUAAGGGCCAAGAAUCAAGCAGUGAUCAAGAGCAGGUUGAUGUGGAAUCUAUUGAUUUUAGUAAAGAGAACAAAAUGGACAUUACUAGUCCAGAGCAGUCCAAAAAUGUAUUGCAGUUUACCGAAGAAAAAGAGGCUUUUAUCUCUGAAGAAGAGAUUGCAAAAUACAUGAAGCGUGGAAAAGGAAAGUAUUAUUGCAAAAUUUGUUGCUGUCGUGCUAUGAAAAAAGGUGCUGUUUUGCAUCAUUUGGUUAACAAGCAUAAUGUCCAUAGUCCUUACAAAUGUACAAUUUGUGGAAAAGCUUUUCUUCUGGAAUCUCUCCUUAAAAAUCAUGUAGCUGCUCAUGGGCAAAGUUUGCUUAAAUGUCCACGUUGUAAUUUUGAAUCAAAUUUUCCAAGAGGCUUUAAGAAACAUUUAACUCAUUGUCAAAGCCGGCAUAAUGAGGAAGCAAAUAAAAAGCUGAUGGAAGCUCUGGAACCUCCACUGGAGGAGCAGCAAAUCUGAUUUUAAAACAUGGUGUGGAUAUGUGCUCUACAGAGUUUAUUGAACCCAUUUGUUGAAAGUAUCAGUUAGAAAGCCUAGUUGGGUCAGUAGGUAUUGAUGUUUAUGGUGUACUGUGUUUGUCUCAGUAGUGUGACAAAAAAUAAGUGUUUGUUAUUUUUUUUCCUGGGUCUCUUGUUUAUGUGGCUGUUGUAUAAGUCAAUAAAUGCAUAUUGUAUAUUCCACAUGGGUAAAAUUUCUCUAACUUCUUUAGUAUAUUUGAGUAAUGCAAAGAGGUAGGUGUUCUAUAUAACAAGACUAAGUCAUACACAGUUUGAAACAUCUAGUUAAAUCUUUUUGUGCAGCUAAUUUCGGACAAUGGAAAUUAUUUGUUAGAAUGUUUAAGAAUUAGGCAUGAAAAUUCUGAGAAGUUUUCUCUUUAAGUGUGUUUUCAGAUCAUAAAAAUUAUUUUAAAGUUUCUAUUUGGUCAUAAAAUAUUAGUUUAGUAAUCUUGAACCACUUUUAGGUGUUUAUUAGCUUUUAUGUCAUGGAAAUUUGGAGUCUCAGGGUUGCUGAUUUUCUGCUAAAAGGGGAAAUUGAGUCAGUUUAAAAUGCGGUUUGCAGCCUUCUGUAGGAAGCUGAGAGACAAGCGCGUGAUUUUAGGCCUGGCCCUUGGCUGACCCCUUUGGCGUCUUCCGCCUGCCCCCAGCCCCCGGGCCUGGCCCUCCCCGCCCCGAGCGCGCGCCGGCCUCCUGGGCCUCACGCGCCAUCGCGGGGCUUCAGACCAGGGCCGUGGGCAGAACCGAAAGUCUUCCAGAUUCACCACAAAAAGUUUUAUAAAUAAACGUUGUAUGAGAAUACGUCAGUUCUGUGUUUCUCACAGUUGUUACUGUAAGUACUUGGUGCCUGUUUAUGGAUUAUUUUAUUCUAAAAUAUUUUGUCAAAUGUGUAUCGACCAAAUUAAAAACAAAGGCUUUCAUGUUGGCAACAUA